AUGGAAUCUCUGGGACUGGACGACCCGGUUGUGAACUACUUCGAGCAAACAGUGAGCAAGAGUGAUGAACGAUACGAAGUAGCAUUACCGUGGAGGGACCACGUUAACCUCAAUAACAACAACGAAGUGGCCAAGAGACUGCUCCAGCAGCUGACGAGAAAAUUACAGAAAGCACCGGUGUUGCUGGAAGCCUACGACGUGGCGAUCCGACAAUACUACCGAGACGACAUGGCGGAGCUGGUGGGCGAAGAUGCUCAGACGGAGCAUUUCACCUAUUACAUGCCGCACCAGGCGGUUGUUCGUGAGGCAAGCAGUACGACGAAACUGCGGGUAGUGUUUGACGCGUCGUCACACGCUCCACGGUCAUUGUCUCUCAACGACAAUUUACAAAGCGGACCGAACUUGACAGCAGAUCUCGUUGCCCUCCUACUGAACUUCAGGCAGCACAACGGUGCGCUUGUCGCAGACAUGGAAAAGGCGUUCCUCCAGAUUCAAGUGAAGGAGAGCGACAGAGACUCCCUGCGUUUUCUAUGGUACGAUCACAUACCACGGCCUCAGGAGGACACGCCAAACAUUGUCACAUUCAGAAUGAAGAGGGUCCCGUUUGGGACUACCUCAAGUCCGUUUUUGUUCGCAGCUACGCUGAAGCACCACUUCGAGAACAUGGCGCACAAGUUUCCAAGGUCUUCGAAGUUGCUUUCUGAAAGCAUGUAUGUAGACGACCUACUCACGGGGUCUAAAGAUGAAGAAGCGGCGCUGAAGCUGUACGAAGAUGCCAACGACAUAAUGACAGAAGCAUCGAUGAAGUUGCACAAGUGGGCUUCCAACAGCAAACUUCUUCGGGAACGUUCUGAGACAGAUGCGGGGGACACAAAGCACCUCGGCUACGUUGCAGGAGUGCUGAAAGUACUGGGACUAGUGUGGAAUCCUUUCGAAGACAAGUUGGGUUACACCGUAGACAACGUACCGAGCUACGACGAAGAAAAGCUACACACAAAGAGAGCAAUGUUGAAAGCAACGGCAAGUGUGUACGACCCGCUUGGAUGGGUAGCACCAUUUCUUGUACGCGCCAAGUAUCUUUUUCAGAAGCUAUGGGUCAUGGAAGUCGACUGGGACGACGUAUUACCUGAUGGCAUCGAUGCUGAAUGGAAAAAGUGGUGUUCAGAAGUUGACAAGCUGCGUAACAUUCAAGUUCCUCGCCGUUACACCGAAAGUCUCCCAAGUCGGAGUUGUUCCUUCACCUUACGCAACUUUGCGGAUGCGGGAUUACGGAACUGUUGCGUACUUGAGUGGCACUGA